CUGAUAUAAAACAGAAAAGCUGAUCAAAACCAUUAAGAAUUAGCUGGAAUAAGCUAACUGACGCAACACUCAGACUACACUCGGCUUCCACCCUAACGCUCGAUCACCGGCGAUAUGGCCGACCUUGACAACAACGAGGAAGUCCCCGCAUCAUCCAAUGCCAAUCAUAAGAAACGCAGCAGAGUGCAGUUCUCCUGCACGGCCUGCCGAUAUCGCAAGCUGAAAUGUGACCGCACACAUCCCUGCGACCGAUGUACUCGGCGCGGAGACGCCGCGUCAUGUACAUACGUCGGGCAUGGCCCACGUGGUCGCCCAUCUCAUGCAGCGUCCAAUCCAUCGCAUAUCCAGAGUCGAAUGCAGCAUUUGGAGAAUCUGAUCCUGUCGUUUGCGCAGCAAAAGAAACAGCAGGAUGGAAGUGGCAGUGGCGCCGCUGCCAGCUGGAACGUCACAGAUUUCGCAACCGAUCCUUCGGUGACAACGGAGGCGGCGGCGGCGGCGGCUCCCUUGGUAGAAGAUGAUCCGGGGAAGAUUUUAAAUAAUGAGCAGAUGGGUACUACUUAUGUGGACUCUUCGCAUUGGCGGGCGAUUCUGGAUGAUAUUAAUGAAGUUAAAAAGUAUCUUCACGAUGAUGAUGUCUCUACUGAUGAUGGGUAUCAUGAGGAGGCUGAUGAAGUACACGAUUCAUCCAGUCCGGCAUUGCUGUUUUAUAGCGGUCGUGCCUUGACCAAGGAGGAGCUGAUUGCAGACCUCCCAGAGCGGUCUAUAUCGGAUCGUCUAAUGGCUCGAUUCUUGAACUCAGGAGAUCCUACACUAGUUAUCCUACACUUUCCUACGUUUCAAAGAGAGUACGAUCAAUUCUGGCUCGAACCGGAAAAUGUAUCUCUACCAUGGCUGGGUCUUUUGUACGCCAGCUUGACCAUGUCUGUCGGCAUGUAUCGCCGCAGCCUCGAGCCUUUACCAGGUGCAUUAGGAGACCCCAUCGAAAUGAUCAACCGACUCCAACGAAACUGCUGCCAGUGUCUUAUCAGUUCCAACUACACGAAAGUCGGAAAACUGAAAGUCGAAGCACUCUUGAUGUACGCAACAACCGAAUACUCAAAAAAGGGCAAUGCACCCAUCAGCGUGUCCCUUAUUCUAGGCAUUGCCAUCAAACUCGCCAUGCGCAUGGGCUACCAUCGCGACCCGAAACAUUACAGCAACAUAUCCGCCUUUGAAGGUGAAAUGCGCCGACGGUCGUGGGCUGUGAUAUGCCAACUCGACGCCCUAACGGCAUUUCAAGUCGGAGUUCCCAAACACCUCCAACCCUGGCAGAGCGAUACCGAGCUCCCGCAUAACCUCUUCGACGAGGACUUUGACGAAAACACUGUAGAACUACCGCCAUCCCGCCCAGAAUCCGUUCGAACAGUAACAACAUACACAAUCUCCAAGUCCCGCAUCAUGGACAUGUUUGGCCGAAUCUCCGAUUUGGCGUACUCACGUAAACCCACCUCGUACGAGGAAAUCCUCGAGCUAGACCGCAAGCUCGAAGAAGCGCAUGAAUCGAUGGCGUCGUCCCUGCGCAUGAAACCCAUGAACCAAUCCCUCACCGACGACGAGACCGUGAUCAUGAAACGAUACACGCUGGAUGUCCUGUACCAAAAAGCACGGAUUGUGCUGCAUCGAAAAUAUCUCACUGAAGCGCACCACGACUCCCGUCUCAAUUAUUCGCGUUGGGUGUGUAUUAAUGCCGCAAAGGAAGCCUUGCGUCAUCAGCAUGAGUUAUUCCAUGAAUCUCAAGUCGGCGGCCGGCUUUACUCGCACCGCUGGUUCUUCACGUCCCUGCAAAACCACGACUUUGUCCUAGCUGCCAUGGUGAUUUGUCUGGAGCUGGCGAAGAGUAAUACCGACGAAGUGAAAACCCGUAAGCAAGGCUACGGCUUCUCUAUCGUGCUAGAUGGGAGAAGUGAAAUGCUCGAUGCUUUGGAAAAGUCAAGGGAUAUCUGGAGGACGAACCUGAAACAUUCAGUCGAGGCAAGGAAGGCAUUCGAUGCGUUGACGAUAAUGUUGAAAAAGGCCCAAUUAGAUGACGAGAGAAGGAAACAAGGAGAUGGGAAUACCGGAAAUCCAGAGCAGCCUAUAACCAAAACCCGGCAACCAGCCCCCAGGAACACAUCGCCCGCUCGAGACGAUGAUAUUGCAAUGGGAGAGAGCGCAUCAAGCGUCGGAUAUAGUGGCUCUGAUAGACGUGAUAAAUCAACCCCCUCCCAUCGCCUCAACACCGGUGGCGUUAUCCCGACACCCCCGGUGUCCAAUACCAGUACCUCGACGGGCAACGGCAUCAUAAGACGAACAACCGACCCAGCUAGUCUAGACGCAGCAUUGCCGAUAUAUAAUCAAGUGCAAGAGCAGCCAUUUCAGGAGGUUGACCCAUCAUUAAGUACUCUUGAUGUCAUUCAGUCCAUGAUCGAUGCUCCGAGUAAUCCUGACUGGCAAGCUUGGGACGGCCACAUGCAGGACUUCUAUUUUGGGGCUCUGGAUCCCCUCUGGGACCCAAGUGUGAGCACGGCUAAUGGGAAUAAUAUGGAGAAUUCGGAGCAAGAGACGACUGGGUUUCCGCCGUACGAAUCUUUGUAUUUUACUCCGGGAGAAAGAGGGUAACUAGAAUGUUGACUGCUAUGGAAAGAGUAGGAGUGGUAUACUUAUGGAAGCUCAAAAAAUUUACAUAUCAAUGGAUUUACUUGGAAGAUAUUUCAGACA